GAGAGAAAAAACGUUGCCUGUUCCGCCUGAUCACACGUUUGGAAUGGUCUUACCACCGGAUGAUUUUGGCAUUGGAGAGCUGAUCUACUCCACAGGUCCACGGCAGUACACGAGAGGCCCAGACAGACAGCGCAGCCUGGUGAAUGCAGUGAGGCAUCACCUUAAGAAGGUCAACUUUGAAAACUUCCCCUCCUUGCUAAAGGCAUUCAGACAUUAUGACAAGAAAGGAAAGGGGAUGAUUGACAAAGAGGACCUGCGUGCAGUGUGUCAUCAGUUCCAGCUGAACGUCAGUGAGUCGGUCCUGGAUGACCUGAUGGACUACUGUGACACAGACAAGGACGGGUUUAUCAACUUUCUGGAGUUUGCCAACUUUCUCAACUGGAAAGACAAAAUGCCCAUCAACAUUCGAGAGCAGUGCAUUAUUGCAAAUGAGCGUCAAACCAGCUCAGCUCCAGGUGACAUAGAAAGAGGGACAGCACAGCUUCAUGCCUGUCGGUUGGUUGAUCUUGAGGACUUGCAGCCUGUUGAGCCAGGCAGCUCACUGAAAACUCUUAGAAGCCUUAGGCAGACAAGGGCAGCCCCAGACCACUUCAGAACUACCUCCUCCCUCAUCGGGGCUGCAGGCGCUGGUCGUUUCCCAUCAGAUGGACGUACAUACGGGAUCCCAUCUGUGCGCUCAGAUCUUCCAGCUCCUCGCAUUAAAAGAGUCAGUGACAAAAACAAUUAUGGCGAUACAUCCACAGCUGGAGAUCUUCUACAUCCAUCAGUUCAUGCCCUGCAAGGUGUUUAUGAGGAACAUUUCUUCUGUCCUCGCAGCAAGGAGGAG